AAAAGCGGAAGGCAGCGCGGCAGCGACUCACUCACUAGCGAAGCGAGGGAGACGUACAGUGACGGUAGUGCGAGGAUCAGUGACACCACGAUGGGUCUGACAUUCAACAUCAAAGCCAUCUGCACCCUCUCCGGCUUCCUCAAGCUGGUGGAAAUCAUUCUGGCCUUCAUCUGCAUCGCGCUCCUUCGCAAUUACAAUCUUGGCUUCGGUGUGGGCAGCAGGGAUGGAGCCACUGCGUAUGAUCGGGAGCUGGUAGGCACUAUCGCCAUUGGUUCCUCGAUCCUCAUCUCCAUCCCACUGCUGCUGGCUUACAUCUUCUUCGCACACGCCUCAAACCUGCUAGAAAUUCUGUACUGCUUCACCGCUGCCAUCAUGAACGUGGCAGGAGGAGCCAUGGCCAUCGAGUACUACCAGAACCGCGGGGACAGUGAGCACGUGAAAGCCGGCAUGGCAAUGGGGUCCCUCAUGAUCAUCAAUGCCCUGGCUUACCUCAUCGACGCAGGGACAGGCACAAUCGCCAAUCGCAAAUAGAUCCCAGUCCGCGUGUUUCCGUUAGGAUGCACCCCUGUGACCCUCUCCGCAGGAUGGGUCCCGUGGUGCUCCCCUCUCGAUGACUCAAUGUGACGGGCGUGCUUUGUCUGCGUCAGCGCCUGAACACCGACCACUUCCAUCGGCUUGGUUUGAUAUUUGAUAGGUUAAUGAUUCAUGUCAGUGUUAGGAAAGACAUUAGUUUUGUCUCUUGUUUGCAUUUGUGUGUGGUUUCGCGAUAAUCUGAUUGUGAGUGAACAUUGCUUUUUCCUGUUGAAUGUAUUUACUCGAGGCACUUGUAAACAGUUUAUGAUUAGAUGAGGAACUGAUUUAUACAUUGAUAACUUAUUGCACAAAAAGAUUACUCUGAUAUUUGUUUAUUCUCACAUUGUGAUUAUAUAUUGUUCAGGUCGAGAUUUGUUCAUUCACAGUGUUUUGAUAUGUAUGUAAGUACGUGUGUGUGUGUGUGUGUGUGUGUGUGUGUGUGUGUGUGUGUGUGUGUGUAAAGUAUACAGUAUACUUUGCAAGGUUGAACAUGGUGUCAAAGGGAUACGAUAAUGACCUUUAUAAAUAUAUGAUGUA